CCCAGAUAUGUAUAUUAUAUUAUAAUAUAUACUCGUGCCCUAGAGUGCAAUUAAGCACCUGGUCUCAUGGAAGGACCAUCAAGUGUGAGAAAAGGCGCAUGGAGUAAAUGCGAAGACGACCUUCUAAGAGCUUGCGUGCAACUUUAUGGGGAAGGAAAAUGGCACCUUGUUCCUCAAAGAGCUGGGUUGAACAGGUGCCGCAAGAGCUGUAGAUUGAGAUGGCUGAACUAUCUAAAACCAAAUAUCAAGAGGGGAGAUUUCAGUGAAGAUGAGGUUGACAUGAUGAUCAGAAUGCAUAAGCUUUUGGGAAACAGAUGGUCCCUGAUUGCGGGAAGACUUCCGGGAAGAACUUCAAACGAUGUGAAAAAUUACUGGAACACCUACAUGCGCCGUAAAGUAUACUCUCACAAGAAAGACAACAACGUAGAGAAGCAAGCUGAUGAGGCCAAAUCAACAGUGCAACGGCACCAAGUGAUAAAGCCUAUACCUCGAGCUUUAACAAAAACAGCCCCACGGUUGCAAGGGAAAUUGUUUAAUAGUUCCAAAGUCGGUGUUAGUGAAGCAGCAGGUGCAGCUUCAUCAGGGUCUGGCAAUUGGUGGGAAACUUUGUUAGAAAACAAGAAAGACAAUCAUGAAGGUAACAUUAUUAAUAACACGUGCUUCUUUGGUGGGGCAGAUGGAGAGCUUGACCUUUGGGAUGAGGAGCUUAAUCCAAUUGCUUGUGACUUUCUUUCUGAAGGUGAAAAUUGGAGUGAUUUUCUUCUUGACUUAUAGGAGAUUAAUUUGUGUGUGUUUGAUUGUGUUUUGUGUGUCUUUGUUCUUACAAGUUAACAUCAAGUUCUAAGAUGUUCAAACUUACCUAGCCUUUGAGUUUGCUCAGUAAAUAUAUUCUUUAAUUACUUUCUA